AUGAAAACACCUGCAGAACGGCGGGGUAUGGUUUCACUGAAGCGUACCAGCCAACGUAAGCCGCGCGUUGGAGACCAAAUCACAAAGUUCGUGCUCGAAACAGUUCAGCUUCACUCAAGUUCUGCUAGUGCUACUGGAAAAGACAAUCUUUCAUUCGACUUUGACUACAUCGAUAUCAGUGCCCUAGAAUUGCCAUUCUACGAUGAGCCGGGCAUCCCAUCCAAGACAACACCAUCCGAGGGCUAUGUUCAUGAGCACACACGCAAAUGGUCACGAAGAGUGGCCUCGCUCGACGUGUUCAUCUUCGUGACCCCGCAAUACAACUGGGGGAUACCAGCGGGCCUCAAAAACGCAAUCGACUUCCUAUACCACGAAUGGAAGGGGAAGCCAGCUAUCAUUAUCAGUUACGGCGGCCACGGGGGCGACAAAGCAGCCGCGGCGCUGAAGAUAUGUCUGGUGGGCGGUAUUGGAAUGCAAACUGGCGACAAAAUGAUCGUCAAUCUGAGUUUCCCGAGCAGAGAUUCGCUUUACGCAGCGGCACAGGGCCAUCAUUUAGGGCUUGAUGCGAGUAAAGAGGGUGGAAUUUGGAGCUCGGAGAGGAAGCGCAUCACCAAUGCAUGGGACGAGAUGGUUCGUAUGCUUGUUUCGGAGGGCGUAGCUAAGGCUGCUAUUCAGGUUUCUCAGAAGUUUAAGCAUCUUAAGAUGGCGCUUCAGAAAUAG